AUGAAGGUGCUAGGCACGAUUACUAUCACCGAAAUUGACUCGAGCGUCGAUUUUCAACAGCUUCAGUUGGCAGUUAUCUCAUUGUACCACUUUUCUCCUGAAACGCUUUUUACGUUGAAAUGGGUGGACGAUGAAGGUGAUCCGUGCUUGUUAACUGGGGACUCUGAGCUCAGGGAAGCUGUCAGACUGUAUCAACUGAACAAGGAACCAUUUCUUCUUGUUCAUGUUUUUAUUGGAGCCCCACCAGAACCGGGUAUGCCCUGCCCCGGAGAAGAUUGCAAGAUGUAUCGUCGUGGGGCCAAACGCUGGAAUAAAAAGUUCUAUCAUCUUAAGGGCCACAAUUUUCUUGCCCGCCGUUUUAAUAGAAAUGCCAUUUGUGCUUACUGUGAAGACCGAAUAUGGGGUUUGGGUCAGCAAGGCUACAAGUGCAAUGCGUGUAAGCUACUUAUUCAUAAGAGAUGUGCUCCUUCGGUUGAUUUCCGCUGUGGAGAAGUAGCUCCUGCCCAUGAAGUUGUCCGUCAACGUCCAGUUACUGUUAAUGGUGUUGGGGCUGAAGAAAUGCUUGUCGCAGAUGGAAUUCAAAACAAUGCUUUUAUAGCUUCGGAUCGUGAGGUAUACGAUAGUCCCGCUUCUAGUCGUAAAAACAAGCAGGGUGCCAAAGCAGCUCCCGACGCUCUUGUAAUCCCCGAAGUGCCGGUAAAGUCAGAACAGGUGGGUCUGGAUCACUUCAAGCUUCUUCGUGUGAUCGGCCGAGGCAGCUACGCGAAGGUGUUUCAGGUGGAGUACAAACCUACUGGCAAGAUUUAUGCGAUGAAAGUUAUUAAAAAGGAGAUCAUCACUGACGAGGAGGAUAUUGAUUGGGUUCAAACCGAGAAGCACGUCUUUGAAAGCGCCAGCAAUCAUCCUUUUCUAGUCGGUCUGCACUCCUGCUUCCAAACGCCAAGCCGGCAAUGUGCGAAGCUUUUCUUCGUGAUUGAGUUCAUAAACGGAGGCGACCUCAUGUACCACAUGCAGCGUCACCUCCGACUCCCAGAGGAGUACGCGAAGUUCUACGCCGCCGAGAUCUGCAUUGCGCUGAACUUCCUUCACGAACGUCAAAUCGUCUACCGUGACCUCAAGUUAGAUAAUGUUUUAAUGGACCUCGAGGGCCACAUCAAACUGACGGACUACGGCAUGUGCAAGGAGGGCAUCUCUGAAAACAACCUCACUUCCACGUUUUGUGGCACUCCCAACUACAUUGCUCCUGAAAUUCUCCGCAGCGAAAGUUAUAGCUUCAGUGUAGACUGGUGGGCCUUAGGAGUCCUGAUGUUUGAAAUGGUCUCCGGGAGGUCUCCGUGGGAGGGCGUUGGUGUCUCCAACAAUCCCGACCAUAACACCGAAGACUAUCUCUUCCAAGUUAUUCUCACAAAACCCAUCCGGUAUCCUCGCUCGAUCUCAGUUCAAGCAAGUAAUAUCCUUCAACGGUUCCUCAAUAAGGCAAGCUUGGACCCUGUUGAGCGCCUUGGCUGUCCCCCGAAUUCCAACUUUGCAGACAUCCAGAACCAGCCAUUCUUUAGGUCCAUCGAUUGGGUGGCUCUCGAACAAAAGCGCGUUCAGCCACCUUAUCGGCCUGAAAAGGCUGAUGACUACAGCCUAAUCCACUUUGAUCCCACUUUUACAAACGAAGAGGUCUGCUUCACACCCGAUGAUCCCGAAGUUAUACGGGCAAUCGACCAAUCGGAGUUCGAUGGUUUCGAGUACCUCAAUCCCUUGCUAAUAAAAACGGCGGAGACCGUUUAA